AUGCCUUCUCGAGAGUGCACUUCUGACUGUGGCAACAAUUAUAAUAAUGAUAGUCAAUCGUCAUCUCAUAAAGUUAGAUAUUUACCUUCGCCCACUCGAUCAUUUUCCGAUCGUAAACAAUAUAGGUCUAUUUUGCUGGCAAAUGGACUACAUGCUUUAUUAAUUGCUGAUCCAACGGAACAACCAAUCCAGUCUAACAUAGAAGGCAUCAUAUAUGAUGAAACCAACCAACGGGAUAUGAGUAGUUCCACUGUGCAAUCUGAUGUCGAAGAUUCGAUCGAAGAUGAUGAUGAUCAACCGAUAAGUGAAACCAAGGCUGCGGGUGAAAAACUGGCAGCCGCUGCACUAUGUGUCGGUGUCGGUUCAUUCAGCGAUCCGCGAAACAUACAAGGCCUUGCCCACUUUUUGGAACAUAUGAUAUUCAUGGGCAGCAAAAAAUAUCCACAAGAAAACGAAUACGAUUCAUAUAUAAGCAAAUGUGGUGGUUUUGACAACGCUGUUACAGAUUUAGAAGAAACCACAUUUUACUUCGAAAUCGACGAAUCGCAUCUAGAAGGUGCUCUAGAUCGUUUUGCUAGUCUAUUUACUGAACCUCUAAUGUUACGUGAGUCCGUUUGUCGUGAGCGUGAUGCAGUAGAAAGCGAGUUUCAAACCAACAAGAAUCGAUUUUCUUCCGCACGAGAGCAACUUAUGGCAUCACUAGGCCGCAAUGACCACCCAAUCAGUUUAUUUUCGUGGGGUAACUUGAAAACACUGAAAAACAACAUAACUGAUGACGAGUUGUACAAGGAAUUGCAUAAAUUUCAACAAAAGCAUUAUUCGGCACAUCGUAUGCAUUUUGCUGUACAGGCACGUAUGACCCUAGAUGAGUUAGAGUCGCUUACAGUUAAAUAUUUUUCGGCAAUACCCUACAACGGAAUACCUCCUGAGAAUAUGUCAUUAAAAUUCAACGAAGAAAAUGCAUUUGGAGAGGAAUUUUACAAAAAACUUUUCAUUGUGAAACCUAUAUCGGAUGUUUGUCAACUAGACAUAACAUGGUGUUUGCCUCCUAGCGUAAAGAACUACCAUGUUAAAGCUAUUGACUACAUUUCAUAUGUAAUGGGCUUUGAAGGAAGAAAUAGUCUAACAAGUUAUCUUCGCAAACGCUCACUGGCUUUAGAUGUACAUACGGGUGCUGGUUCCGGUUUCGAAAAAAAUUCACUUUACACUUUGUUCAGCAUAUCAAUAACAAUGACGGAUCACGGUUUGGAAAAUGUGGAAGAAAUAUUAAAAGCCGUGUAUUCUUUUAUAAGAUUAUUAAAACGCGAAGGACCUGUCGAAUGGAUUUUUAAAGAGUUACAAGAAUUGGAAGCAACAUCAUUUCGUUAUAGAAAAGAGAAAGAAGCUAGUGAUAACGUAGAAGAGUUAGUAGUCAAUAUGCGUUACUAUCCCCCUGAAGAUAUUAUCACUGGCUCUGAACUUUAUUUCCGAUACGAUCCACAAGAGAUUUGGACAGUUAUCAAUAAUUUAAAUGAGCCAAGAUUUAAUCUAAUGAUAUCUGCUACAAAAUCUUACCGUAAUGUUACUUAUGAUCAAACCGAAACGUGGUUUGGAACGGAAUUUACCAAAAUGGCAAUUCCAGAAGAAUGGCAGCGAUUGUGGGAAAAGGCUGAACCAAUGCAAGAAAUUAAACUCCAAGAAAAAAACCAAUACAUUUCGACGAACUUUUCCAUAUUGGCAGAUGAACAAACUAAGCUAGAGAUGCCGCCUUAUCCAGUAAAAAUAUUGGAGAACGAAGUAUGCGAACUGUGGUUUCGUCAAGAUGCAAAAUUUAAGUUACCUUCUACGUUAAUGUACUUUUACAUAAUGUCUCCACGGCCGUUUAAUGAUCCUAAAAGCUCCGCUUUGGCAGGAUUUUUUGCAUCAAUGAUCAAAUUUCAAAUAGCGGAAGAACUUUAUCCUGCCGAAGUAGCAGGUCUUAACUAUGAAUUGUAUUCGGCUGAAAAGGGGUUACUGCUCAAAAUAGAAGGAUACAACGAAAAGUUACCUAUAAUUGCUGAUGAAAUUUCCGCUACAAUGGGCCGUUUCACAGAAAUCCUCAGCGAGAGUGUGUUUGAAGUGAUCAAAGUAAAACUUGAGAAAGCAUACUACAAUGAACUGAUGAAACCCAACAAACUGAAUCGGGAUGUACGCCUAAAAUUAGUUCAAGUAAAUCAUUGGACAACGUGGGAAAAAUUUGAGCACUUGAAAGCUUUUACCCCAAAUGAUGUGCACCAAUUUGCAAAAGAUUUUUUCAAUGGUUUUAAAAUACAGGCUCUUAUGCAAGGUAACUUAAAUCAUGAAACUGCGAAAAAUGUGAUGCAAAAAGUUUUGAGUAAUUUCAACGGAUCAUCGAUUGCAGAUAUCAAAAGCAUUGAGUCUAAGGCCAGAGAAAUUCCAGUAGGAGAUAAUUAUAUAAGAGUGUCAAAUUUUCGAGAAGCAGAUAUUAACACCGUAACUACAACGUUCUACCAAGCCGGACCAGUCACUCCAUCCUUACAUGCGUGUCUAGAGCUCUUAGUCUCGUUGUUGGAGGAACCACUGUUUGAUAUUUUACGUACAAAAGAACAAUUGGGAUACGAUAUAUCAACUACGCUUCGUGAUAAUGCUGGUAUUUUAGGAUAUUCAAUAACGGUACACUCGCAAGAAAACAAAUUUAGCUACCAUUAUAUCAAUGAACGCAUUGAGCUGUUCAACGAGCACUUCGCAAAGGUGUUACAAAACAUGAGGGACAAAGAUUUCGAACUGGUUAAAACAUCACUGAAACAUCGAAAACAAGUGGUCGAUACAGAACUAAAAAAUGAAGCUUCUCGGCACUGGGGUGAAAUCACGACAGAAGAAUACAUAUUUGAUAGAAAUAAGCUUGAAGUAGAACAAAUUGAAAAGCUGUCUAAGCCGGACGUUUUGAAGCUUUAUCAUCGUCUAGUGAUGAAUCCAACAAGCCGAAGAAAGCUUUGUGUACAAGUGGUUGGUAACACUAGAAACUCAUCCACAGAGUCUGUAUUAACGGACAGAAAGGAUAAGGACGCCGAAACGCCGCAGGAGUUUCACUUAAAUUAUAUUGAUUCCCCUAAUGAAACACCGGAAAAUGAGCGAUAUAUAGAUAACAUUUAUAAAUUUACUGAAAAUCUGAAAGUGCAUUCAAUGAUAAAAAUAGAUUUUGGCUCUACCGGUUGAACGUUAGAUGAUGAUUUAUUUACUAACAUAUUUUUGUUUCUUUUCGUUCUGCUGACACUGUCGUUGCUGAAUAAAACUGUUGAAAUUUAACUCUUCCGCUUCGUCGUCUCCUAUGGAAUGCAGAAAUAAAAUAAUUGAAUAAAAAAAAUCGUUAAAUUUGAGGUGACUUAAACAGCGUAAGAAUUUUGUGCAUACGUUUUAGGGAUAUUCUGACAAAUAUAUAAUUAUUAAUA